AUGAAGGUCCCGGCCGACUAUACUGCGCUGCUUUCAGGGCUACUGCUGGCCCCUUCUGUGGGUGCCAGCACUUGUCAGACCCCGGUUGACCAUCCGGGGACGGCCUUCAGCUUUGUGCAGCCUCUUAACACCACCAUCUACAGUCCCUAUGGCCAUUCUCCGGCCGUGUUUCCGUCGCCCAAAACGAAUGGUAAUGGCGGCUGGGAAAAGGCAAUGGCUCAGGCCAAGGACUGGCUGUCGCAGCUCACGGUCGAGGAGAAAGCCUGGAUGACCACCGGUCAGCCAGGUCCCUGUGUCGGAAAUAUCCUUCCUAUUCCGCGCCUCAAUUUCACCGGCCUCUGUCUCCAGAACGGUCCUCAGUGCCUCCAGCAGGGUGACUAUUCGAGUGUCUUUGUCAGCGGUGUGUCCGCUGCGGCCAGUUGGGAUCGCAAGCUACUCUACGAUCGAGGCUAUGCCAUGGCCACAGAGCACAAGGGCAAGGGCACACACGUUGUCCUCGGGCCCAUCGCCGGUCCUCUCGGCCGCAGUCCCUACGAUGGGCGCACCUGGGAGGGCUUCGCUGCUGACCCUUAUCUGACCGGAGUCUGCAUGGAGGAGACCAUCAUCGGAAUGCAAGACGCCGGUGUGCAAGCAAAUGCCAAGCACUUUAUUGCCAACGAACAAGAGACCCAGCGUAAUCCUACUUACGCACCAGAUGCGAACGAAACCACCUACAUUCAAGAUUCGGUGUCCUCGAAUGUGAAUGAUCGCACCCUCCACGAGAUCUACAUGUGGCCAUUUGCCAACGCUGCCCGCGCUCGUGUCUCAAGCUUCAUGUGCUCCUACAACCGUCUCAACGGGUCCCACUCGUGCCAGAACUCUUACCUCCUCAACCAUCUCCUCAAGACCGAGCUCGGUUUCCAAGGCUACGUCAUGUCUGACUGGGGUGCCACUCACAGUGGCGUCGCCUCAGUCGAAAGUGGUAUGGACAUGACCAUGCCCGGUGGUUUCACCCUUUACGGGGAGCUCUGGACCGAAGGCUCCUACUUUGGCCAGAAUCUCACAGACGCCAUCAACAAUGGCACGGUGUCUACUGACCGUAUUGAUGAUAUGAUUGUGCGCAUAAUGACUCCAUACUUCUGGCUAGGCCAGGACCAGGAUUACCCUAGCGUGGAUGCCUCAGUUGGCGCCUUGAACACGGAUUCCCCGCCAGACACCUGGCUCUACCCCUGGAAUUUCACCGGUCCCAGCAACCGUGACGUCCGCAGCAACCACAGCCAGAUGAUUCGUGAGCACGGUGCCGCCUCGACGGUCUUGCUGAAGAACGUGCGCAACGCUCUCCCGCUGCGCAAGCCCCGCAACAUUGUCAUCGUCGGCAACGAUGCCGGCCCUGUCACUCAGGGUGCGUAUAACCAGAACAACUUCGAGUACGGUACUCUGGCCAACGCCGGUGGCUCCGGAACCUGUCGGUUCAGCUUUUUGUCUACUCCGCUAAAUGCCAUCACCGCUCGAGCCCGUCAGGACGGUGCUCUCGUGCAAACCUGGCUCAACAACACCCUGAUCACUGAGAAGGCCAUGCCCGAUCUGUGGAACCCGGAGCAGCCUGACGUCUGUCUCAUCUUCCUCAAGGGCUGGUCUGAGGAGAAUGUCGAUCGCCGGUUCCUGGACCUCGACUGGAACGGCAACGCGGUUGUUGAGGCUGUUGCUAAAUACUGCAGCAACACUGUGGUGGUGACUCACUCAGCAGGAGUUAACGUUCUCCCGUUUGCUGAUCACCCCAACGUCACCGCCAUCCUUGCUGCUCACUACCCGGGUGAAGAGGCCGGCAACUCUCUCGUGGAUAUCCUUUACGGCGACGUUAACCCGUCUGCGAAGCUCCCUUAUGUGAUCGCCUACAACGAGUCGGACUACAACGCCCCCCUCACCACAGACGUGCAGACCAACGGCACCUACGACUGGCAGAGCUGGUUCGAUGAGGAGCUCGAAGUCGGAUACCGCUACUUUGAUGCCCACGAUAUUCCCGUGCGCUACGAGUUUGGCUUCGGUCUCAGCUACACCACCUUCAAUCUCAGCAGACUGGCGGCCACCGCUCCAGUGGCUACGAAUCUGACUGCGUUUCCUGAGCAGCGUCCUACUCAGCCCGGUGGGAAUCCUGCUCUCUGGGACACGGUAUACACGCUCACCGCGCAGGUGAGCAACAGCGGCAGCGUGGAUGGUUAUGCCAUCCCGCAAUUGUAUGUCGGAUUCCCCGACACCGCGCCUGCAGGGACCCCUCCCAGCCAGCUGCGCGGCUUCGACAAGAUCUGGCUCGAGGCGGGUGAGACAAAGACAGUCACAUUCGAAUUGAUGCGUCGGGACGUCAGUUACUGGGAUGUGGUGGCGCAGGAUUGGCGCAUUCCUGCUGGACAGUUUACCUUCAAGGCCGGCUUUAGCAGUCGGGAUUUCCGGGCCAAGGCGACCGCAACGUUUGUUAAGAAUUAG